AGGCGAGCUAGCGAGCAGACAGCAGAAGAGGGAGGAGGGAGAAAAAAAGAGCGAUAGAAACGGGUGACUGAGUGAAGUUUAGAGAGGAAGCGAGCGCUGUAGUUUAGUCUGAACUCUGCUGUCGACAGGAAAAAGAAGUUUGACCGCUCUCUGAAUCCCUAUAACGGUUGUUGAUAGCCAUCUUCUGCAAGGCGAACAGCAACCAAAGACCAGCCACCAUGUCGGACGUGGACAAGUUUCUAUAUGUUGACCGGAACAUGGUGAACAACCCGCUGGCGCAGGCUGACUGGGCCACCAAGAAGCUGGUAUGGGUGCCUUCAGAGCGCCUGGGCUUCGAGGCCGGCUCCGUCAAGGAGGAGCACGGCGACGAGUGCGUGGUGGAGCUGGCAGAUUCUGGGAAAAAGAUCAAGGUGAACAAAGACGACAUCCAGAAGAUGAACCCACCCAAGUUCAGCAAGGUGGAGGACAUGGCCGAGCUCACCUGCCUGAACGAAGCCUCCGUGCUGCACAACCUGAAGGAGAGAUAUUACUCUGGUCUCAUUUAUACAUACUCUGGUCUCUUCUGCGUCGUGAUCAACCCCUACAAAAACCUGCCCAUCUACUCGGAGGAGAUUGUCGAAAUGUACAAGGGCAAGAAACGGCAUGAAAUGCCGCCUCAUAUCUAUGCCAUAACUGAUACGGCUUACAGAAGCAUGAUGCAGGAUCGGGAAGAUCAGUCUAUUCUCUGCACAGGCGAGUCUGGUGCUGGUAAGACCGAGAACACCAAGAAGGUCAUUCAGUAUCUGGCCCAUGUUGCCUCCUCCCACAAGACCAAGAAGGAUCAGAGCAGUUCAUACCUGUCACAUGGCGAGCUGGAGAAGCAGCUGCUGCAGGCUAACCCCAUCCUUGAAGCCUUUGGAAAUGCCAAGACGGUCAAAAAUGACAACUCUUCCAGAUUUGGAAAAUUCAUUAGAAUCAACUUUGAUGUCAAUGGUUACAUCGUUGGUGCCAAUAUUGAAACCUACUUGCUGGAAAAAUCCCGUGCCAUUCGCCAGGCCAAAGAUGAGAGGACAUUUCACAUUUUCUAUUACUUGCUCACAGGUGCAGGAGACAAGUUACGAAAGGACCUUCUCCUUGAAAAUUACAACAACUAUCGAUUCCUUUCCAAUGGAAACGUCACCAUCCCUGGCCAGCAGGACAAGGAUUUGUUCACAGAAACAUUGGAGGCCUUUAAGAUCAUGGGUAUUCCAGAGGACGAGCAGAUUGGCAUGCUGAAGGUGGUGGCCUCAGUCCUGCAGCUUGGAAACAUGACUUUCAAGAAGGAGCGCCACACAGAUCAAGCCUCAAUGCCUGACAACACAGCUGCCCAGAAAGUGUCCCAUCUUAUGGGCAUGAAUGUGACGGACUUUACCAGAGCCAUCCUGUCACCACGGAUCAAAGUGGGCAGAGACUACGUUCAGAAGGCUCAGACUCAGGAACAAGCAGAGUUUGCAGUGGAGGCCCUGGCCAAGGCGACCUAUGAAAGGAUGUUCCGCUGGCUGGUGAUGAGAAUCAACAAAGCUCUGGACAAGACCAAGAGACAGGGAGCCUCCUUCAUCGGCAUCCUGGACAUUGCCGGCUUUGAGAUUUUUGAGCUGAACUCCUUCGAGCAGCUCUGCAUCAACUACACCAACGAGAAGCUGCAGCAGCUCUUCAACCACACCAUGUUCAUCCUGGAGCAGGAGGAGUACCAGAGGGAGGGCAUCGAGUGGAGCUUCAUCGACUUUGGCCUCGACCUGCAGCCUUGCAUCGACCUCAUCGAAAAACCCGCCAGCCCCCCUGGUAUCCUGGCUCUGCUGGAUGAGGAGUGCUGGUUUCCAAAGGCCACGGAUAAGAGCUUUGUGGAGAAGGUGGUCCAGGAGCAGGGAACGCAUCCCAAGUUCCACAAGCCAAAGAAACUGAAGGAUGAAGCAGAUUUCUGUAUCAUCCAUUACGCUGGAAAGGUGGACUACAAAGCAGACGAGUGGCUGAUGAAGAACAUGGACCCUCUGAACGAUAACGUAACCACGCUCCUCAACCAGUCCACCGACAAGUUUGUGUCUGAGCUCUGGAGGGACGUGGACCGCAUCGUGGGCCUGGACAAAGUGUCCGGCAUGUCUGAGAUGCCCGGUGCCUUUAAGACGCGUAAAGGCAUGUUCCGCACCGUGGGGCAGCUCUACAAGGAGCAGCUGUCCAAACUCAUGGCCACACUGAGGAACACCAACCCCAACUUUGUUCGCUGCAUCAUCCCCAACCACGAGAAGAAGGCUGGAAAGCUGGAUCCCCACCUGGUUCUGGACCAGCUGAGGUGUAACGGUGUCCUGGAGGGAAUCCGUAUCUGCAGACAAGGUUUCCCCAACCGCAUCGUUUUCCAGGAGUUCAGACAGCGAUAUGAAAUCCUAACACCUAAUGCCAUCCCUAAGGGUUUCAUGGAUGGGAAGCAGGCCUGUGUCCUCAUGAUCCAGUCUCUGGAGCUGGAUCCCAACCUGUUCCGCAUCGGUCAAAGCAAAGUGUUCUUCAGGGCAGGAGUCCUGGCUCACCUGGAAGAGGAGAGGGACAUGAAGAUCACAGACAUCAUCAUCAGCUUCCAGGCCUGGUGCAGAGGCUACGUGGCUCGCAAGGCUUUCGCAAAGAGACAGCAGCAGCUGACGGCCAUGAAGGUGAUUCAGAGGAACUGUGCUGCUUAUCUGAAACUGAGGAACUGGCAGUGGUGGAGACUUUUCACUAAGGUGAAGCCUCUGCUUCAAGUCAGCAGGCAGGAGGAGGAGAUGCAGGCCAAGGAUGAGGAGCUUCAUAAGGUGAAGGAGAAGCAGAUCCUUGCUGAGCAGCAGCUCCAGGAGAUGGAGGAAAAACAACAACAGCUGAAUGCAGAGAAGAUGGCGCUGCAGGAGCAGCUCCAGGCAGAGACUGAGCUCUGUGCCGAGGCCGAGGAGAUGAGGGCCCGUCUGGCGGCCAAAAAGCAGGAGCUGGAGGAGAUCCUCCAUGACCUGGAGGCGCGUGUAGAGGAGGAGGAAGAGCGCGCUUCUCACUUAUCAGCUGAGAAGAAAAAGAUGCAGCAAAAUAUCUCUGACCUGGAGCAGCAGCUGGACGAGGAGGAGGCUGCCAGGCAGAAGCUGCAGUUGGAGAAGGUCACCCUGGAAGCCAAAAUGAAGAAGAUCGAGGAAGACGUCAUGGUUUUAGAUGACCAGAACAACAAGCUGCUCAAGGAGAAAAAGCUGAUGGAGGAGAGGAUCUCUGAAUUCACCACCAACUUGGCAGAGGAGGAGGAAAAAUCCAAGAGUUUACAGAAACUCAAGACGAAACAUGAGGCCAUGAUCACAGACCUGGAGGAUCGCCUGCGCAGGGAGGAGAAGAUGCGUCAGGAGCUGGAGAAGAACAGACGCAAGCUGGAGGGCGACUUCACCGAGACGCACGACCAAAUCGCUGAGCUCCAGGCUCAGAUCGCUGAGCUGCGGGCUCAGCUCGCCAAGAAGGAAGAGGAGCUCCAGGCUGCCCUGGCCAGGAUCGAGGAGGAGGCUGCACAGAAGAACAUGGCUCAGAAGAAGAUUAGAGAGCUGGAGGCGCAGCUUUCUGAAAUCCAGGAGGACUUGGAGCUGGAGAAGCAGGCCCGCAUGAAGGCUGAGAAACAUCGCCGCGAUCUGGGCGAGGAGCUGGAGGCGUUGAAGACGGAGCUGGAGGACACCCUGGAUUCAACGGCUGCUAUGCAAGAACUCAGGACUAAACGUGAGACGGAGGUGACUCAGCUGAAGAAGAAUCUGGAGGAAGAAGCCAGAGUCCAUGAACAGCAGCUGGUUGAGAUGAGGCAGAAACACAGCCAGGCCUUCGAUGAACUUAACGAGCAGCUGGAGCAGGCUAAGAGGAACAAAGUGUCGAUGGAGAAGGCCAAACAGGCCCUGGAGUCAGAGAAGAACGAGCUGACGAUUGAGCUUCAGACGCUGAUGCAGGGUAAGACGGACUCUGAGCACCGCAGGAAGAAGGCUGAAGGACUGGCGCAGGAGCUGCAAGCCAAAUUCUCUGAGGCGGAGCGUCAGAGGACGGAGCUGGCAGAGAAACUGACUAAAGUGCAGGCUGAGCUGGAAAACGUUAAUACUCUGUUGACCGAGGUGGAGGGCAAAUCCAUAAAGGCCAACAAAGACUGCUCUGCUGUGGAAUCGCAGCUGCAGGACACCCAGGAACUCCUCCAAGAAGAGACUCGUCAGAAGCUGUCGCUCGGCACACGUCUGCGCCAGCUGGAGGAUGAGCAGCACAGCCUUAGAGAACAGCUGGAGGAAGAGGAAGAGGCUAAGAGGAACGUGGAGAAGCAGCUUCAGACGGUGCAGGCUCAGCUUGCUGACAUGAAGAAAAGGGUAGAGCAAGACGCCGGGUGUCUGGAGUCUGCUGAGGAGGGAAAGAAGAAACUUCAGAGGGAGCUGGAUGGCACCAUCCAGCGGUUCGAGGAGAAAUGUGCCGCUUACGACAAGCUGGACAAGACGAAGACACGUCUGCAGCAGGAGUUGGACGACCUGCAGGUGGAUCAAGACCACCUCCGCCAGAUUGUCUCCAACCUGGAGAAGAAGCAGAAGAAGUUUGACCAGAUGCUUGCAGAGGAGAAGAACAUCUCUGCCCGCUAUGCAGAGGAGCGCGACCGAGCAGAAGCUGAGGCUCGCGAGAAGGAGACCAGGGCACUGGCUCUAACCCGAGAGCUGGAGUCUCUGAUGGACAUUAAGGAAGAACUGGACCGCAACAACAAGCUGCUGCGCGCUGAAAUGGAGGAUCUGGUCUCAUCUAAGGACGACGUGGGCAAGAAUGUCCAUGAACUGGAGAAGGCUAAACGUGCCAUGGAGCAGCAGCUGGAGGAGAUGAGGACCCAGCUGGAGGAGCUGGAGGACGAGCUGCAGGGCACAGAGGACGCCAAGCUGCGUCUGGAGGUCAACAUGCAGGCCAUGAAGGCGCAGUACGAGCGAGACCUGGCAGGGCGCGACGAGAUGGGAGAGGAGAAGAAGAGGGCACUGAUCAAACAGGUGCGUGAGAUGGAGCUGGAGCUGGAGGACGAGAGGAAGCAGCGCUCUGCCGCCGUCGCCGCACGCAAGAAGCUGGAGCUGGACCUGAAGGAGCUGGAGGCGGCCAUCGACAUGGCCAACAAGAACCGCGAAGACGCCCUGAAGCAGCUGAAGAAACUCCAAGCUCAGAUGAAGGAUCUCAUCAGAGAGUUGGAAGACACCCGCCUGUCCAGAGACGAGAUCCUGACCCAGAGCAAGGAGACGGAGAAGAAGCUGAAGGCCAUGGAGGCUGAUAUGAUCCAGAUGCAGGAGGAGCUGGCAGCUGCAGAGAGGGUGAAGAGGCAGGCCCAGCAGGAGAGGGAUGAACUGCAGGAUGAAAUCAACAACCAGGCUGCCAAGAACGCUCAGGUUGCAGAAGAGAGGAGACGUCUGGAGGCGCGUAUAGCUCAGCUAGAGGAGGAGCUGGAGGAGGAGCAGUGCAACACCGAGCUGACCAACGACCGUCUGAAGAAGGCGAUGCUGCAGACUGAUCAGAUAAACAUCGAGCUGACCGCAGAGCGCAGCACCUCCCAGCGACUGGAAGGGGCUCGCAGCCAGCUGGAGCGUCAGAACAAGGAGCUGAAACUGAAACUCCAGGAGCUGGAAGGAACCGUCAAGUCCAAGUACAAGGCCAACAUGGCUGCCCUGGAGGCGAAGAUCGCUCAGCUGGAGGAGCAGCUGGACCUGGAGACCAGGGAGAGGCAGGCUGCCACCAAACUGGUGAGACGCACCGAGAAGAAGCUGAAGGAAGUCAUCCUGCAGGUGGAUGAUGAGAGGCGCAACGCAGAGCAGCAUAAGGACCAGGCUGACAAGUUGAACUCUCGCAUGAAGCAGCUGAAGCGUCAGCUGGAAGAGGCAGAGGAAGAGGCCCAGAGAGCCAACGCCAACCGAAGGAAACUCCAGAGGGAGCUGGAGGACGCCACAGAGUCUGCCGACGCCAUGAACCGUGAGGUCACCUCCCUCAGAGGCAAGCUCAGGCGUGGCGAUCUCCCCUUCACCAUACGCCGCACCACCACUCGCGGCGCAGUGGAAAGCGAUGAAGAAAGUGAGCCUAAGGCAGAGGCUCCGGAGCCCCAAGCAUAGACGGACCACGGCGCUCUGCUCAUCCCAGCUGAAUCCUACAACCAGAAAGACCCAAAUACAAAAAAAAAAAAAGCCAUUACUGAAAGAAGGAAGAAAAGUUAAACAGGGAUUCAGCUCAGUCCUCCAGGUUUAGUCCUGCGACUCUGAUCUAUUCGAAGAGCAUCAAACUAUGCAGCCAUGAGCACAGCUACACGCAUACAGACAUUAGCCAGUAAACGCAGACAAUCGCCAUUCCGACUCACUCUCACAUUUCUAUCGUUGGGCCAAUUUCUUUUCAUCGCUUCCUUUUUCAUUCUCUGAAAAAAAAAAUGAAACUAUUUUUAUAAGGAAAAUUUUGACUCAUAAUAAUCUUGAUUCGUAGGAUUUAUUUUUCUAAUUGAGGGGAAGAAAAAAACAUACAAAAAUAAAUGAAGACGAUUACUGGAAGGGGACCAAAGUAAUAUCAAGCAGAAGUGUAUUUUUUUUUAUAAUGGUUAAGAGUGGAAG